AUGAGUCAGCGUUCAACACGGUCUGGUGCCAGAGAGGGGCAGGAAGAACCCCCAUCUCUUACAUUGGGAACCAAUGAUUCCCACCCAGUGUACGCUCCCAGUCAUGAGCUCGCUGAGACAGUAAGGUAUGUUGUGUUACCUACUCGCCGCAACAUCAGGACAUUUGGCAGUCCAGGUGGUCCAUCAAUUGAAGAGUAUUUAAGGGAGGUGAAGGCUGUCUGGAGAGCGUGCGCAGUGGGGACAGCAGACAAGCUUGAUGUCGUUUUAGACAGCAUCACCCCUACUGUGCGACGGGAGGUAAAACUCCAUUGUUCAGAUGAUGACCCAGAGGCCAUGCUGGAGGCAAUGUUGAAAAUCUAUGGGGAACACAAAUCCCUCCAAGAGCAGAUGGCAGUUUUCUAUACAACAAAGCAGGGAAGCAAGGAGUCUGUGAUGGAAUUUUCACACAGGCUCCAUGCUGCAUUUGAAGCCAUAACAGAUGCACAGUCAAGUGGCGGUGUGACUGUCAUGACCCAGCAGGUCCUGAGGGAUCAGUUCAUUGCUGAGCUGCGCAAUGAGCUGACCAAGCGCAUGUUAAAAGAGCGAGUACUCCAAGAACCUUCGCUGACAUUUUUGGCUGCUAGGGACUAUGCCCUUAGGUGGGCGAAUAUAAAUAAUGAACUUCACCUGCAGUCCCGAGGUAGAGACAUUAAUUGUGCCGUGGUUAGUCAGACAGAGCCCAGUGUAUCAGGCCCAUCAACUAGAGCGCUGGAAGACAAGAUUGACUCGUUGUCUAAAGAACUGUCGCUGUUGCGGGCACAUGUCGCUGGCACGAGGUACGACACAAGACCCAGGCAGAGAGUUAUCCGUUGUGCCAGAUGUGGUGGUCUAGGCCAUUUGCAAAGCCGGUGCAGACAGGCAAUAAACUAG